GAGAGAGACGCCGAGAGAACCGGAGGAGCCGCAGCUGAGAAGCUCUUCACCACCAGCACCACGAUCCCGCUGACUCACUCACUCACUCACUCACAUUUAUCCACAUUCAUCCACUCAUUCAUUCCGGGGUGGGAGACACGCAGGAGUGUUAGAGGAACCCGGAGGAGGAGAAGCGCUGAUGUGGAGGUUCAACUAACCGGGAUUGGGAGUGAGACAGCAGGAGUGAGACAGCAGGCAUGGCUGCGUCCGAGCUCUAUACAAAGUACGCCCGGGUGUGGAUUCCGGACCCAGAGGAUGUUUGGAGGUCAGCAGAACUCACUAAAGAUUACAAACAAGCGGAUACAGUUCUGCACCUACAGCUUGAGGAUGGAAAGGAACUGGAGCACAAGUUGGACCCGAAAACCAAAACCCUGCCUCACCUGCGUAACCCCGACAUCCUGGUGGGAGAGAAUGACCUGACGGCACUGAGUUACCUCCACGAACCGGCCGUCUUACACAACCUUAGAGUCCGCUUCUCCGACUCUAAACUCAUCUACACCUACUGCGGUAUUGUGUUGGUGGCUAUUAACCCGUAUGAGACGUUACCCAUCUAUGGCUCCGACAUCAUUAACGCCUACAGUGGGCAGAACAUGGGUGACAUGGACCCACACAUAUUCGCCGUGGCUGAGGAGGCCUACAAGCAGAUGGCCAGAGACGAGAGGAACCAGUCCAUCAUUGUCAGUGGAGAAUCCGGUGCAGGAAAGACCGUUUCGGCUAAGUACGCCAUGCGGUACUUCGCUACAGUGAGUGGAUCAGCCAGCGAAGCCAACGUGGAGGAGAAGGUGCUCGCCUCCAACCCCAUCAUGGAGUCGAUAGGAAACGCCAAAACAACCAGGAACGACAACAGCAGCCGCUUCGGGAAGUACAUCGAGAUCGGCUUCGAUAAGAAGUACCACAUCAUCGGGGCCAACAUGAGGACAUACCUGCUGGAGAAAUCCAGGGUCGUCUUUCAGGCGGAUGAGGAGAGGAACUAUCACAUCUUCUACCAGCUCUGCUCCUCCUGCAACCUGCCCGAAUUCAAAAUGCUGGAGCUUAGCAACGCGAACAAUUUCCACUACACUAAACAUGGCCGAAACCCGGUGAUCGACGGAGUGGACGAUGCGAAGGAGAUGUCCUCCACCAGACACGCCUUCACACUGCUGGGUAUUAAUGAAUCCUAUCAGAUGGGGUUGUUCCAGGUCCUGGCCGCCAUACUGCACCUGGGUAACGUGGAGGUGAAGGACCGAGAUUCGGACAGCAGCACCAUACCGCCCAAUAACUCGCACCUGAGCGUGUUCUGUGAUCUGCUGGGCGUGGCCUAUCAGGACAUGGCACACUGGCUGUGCCACAAGAAGCUGAAGACGGCGACGGAGACGUACAUCAAACCGGUUCCUAAACUUCAGGCCAUGAACUCCAGAGACGCUCUGGCUAAGCACAUCUACGCCAAACUCUUCAGCUGGAUCGUGGAGCACGUCAACAAAGCUCUGCACUCAUUCGUCAAACAGCACUCCUUCAUCGGGGUUCUGGACAUCUACGGGUUUGAAACGUUUGAGAUUAACAGUUUCGAGCAGUUUUGUAUCAACUACGCCAACGAGAAGCUCCAGCAGCAGUUCAACAUGCAUGUGUUUAAGCUGGAGCAGGAGGAGUACAUGAAGGAGCAGAUCCCCUGGACUCUGAUUGAUUUCUACGAUAAUCAGCCCUGCAUUAACCUGAUCGAGGCUAAGAUGGGUGUGCUGGACCUGCUGGACGAGGAGUGCAGGAUGCCGAAGGGUUCGGACGAGUCGUGGGCGCAGAAGCUGUACAACACUCACCUGAAGACGUGCUCACUGUUCGAGAAACCACGCAUGUCCAACAGAGCCUUCAUCAUCCAGCACUUCGCUGAUAAGGUGGAGUAUCAGUGCGAGGGCUUUUUGGAGAAGAACAAGGACACAGUGAAUGAGGAGCAGAUUAACGUACUGAAGGCCAGUAAGUUCGACCUGCUGGUGGAGCUCUUCCGGGACGAGGAGAAAGCGACGAGCCCUACAGGAGUCGCCCCCUCCACAGGGGGGCGCACUCGCCUCAGUGUCAGACCGGACAAGGGUAAACCAAACCAGGCCAGCAAGGAACACAAGAAGACCGUAGGACUGCAGUUCCGGAACUCCCUGCAGCUGCUGAUGGAGACGCUGAACGCCACCACGCCGCACUACGUCCGCUGCAUCAAACCCAACGAUCACAAACACGCCUUCACGUUCGAUCCGAAGCGAGCGGUGCAGCAGUUGAGAGCUUGUGGCGUCCUCGAAACCAUCCGUAUCUCCGCUGCAGGAUUUCCAUCCAGGUGGACGUAUCAGGAGUUCUUCAGUCGUUAUCGGGUGUUGAUGAAGCAGAAGGACGUUCUGCCUGAUAAGAAAAUGACCUGCAGGAUCGUUCUGGAGAAGCUGGUGCAGGAUCAGGAUAAGUACCAGUUUGGAAAGACCAAGAUCUUCUUCCGGGCGGGGCAGGUAGCGUAUCUGGAGAAGCUGCGUGCCGAUAAGCUUCGCGCCGCCUGCAUCCGCAUCCAGAAAACAAUCCGCUGUUGGCUGCAGCGCAAGAAGUACCUGCGCAUGAAACGCUCGGCCAUCGUCAUCCAGAGAUACGUACGAGGAUACCAGGCUCGAUGCCUGGCGACGUUCCUGCGCCGAACCCGAGCAGCCGUCAUCAUUCAGAAAUACCAGCGCAUGUACGUCCAGAAAACCAGCUACAGGCGCAAACGCAACGCUGCCCUCGCCAUGCAGUGCAUCCUCCGAGCGUACAUGGCCCGUCAGCAGUACAAAGCGCUGCUGCGCGAGCACAAGGCCGUCAUCAUCCAGAAGAUGGUGCGCGGCUGGUUGGCGCGGCAGUGGUACAAGCGCUCGUUGGAGGCGGUGGUUUACCUGCAGUGCUGCGUGCGGCGCAUGAUAGCCAAGCGCGAGCUGAAGAAGCUGAAGAUCGAAGCGCGCUCGGUCGAGCACUACAAGAAGCUCAACAUCGGCAUGGAGAACAAGAUCAUGCAGCUGCAGCGCAAAGUCGACGAGCAGAACAAGGAGAACCGGGUAAUAAACGAGCGCCUGAACAGCCUGGAGAGCACCCACGCCGUAGAGAGCGAGCGUCUGCGUAAGGAGCUCACCCGACUGCGGGGGUUCGAGGAGGAGGCGAAGAACAGCGCCAACCGAGUCAUGACCCUGCAGGAGGAGCUGGAGAAACUACGCAAAGAUCUGCAAACCACCCAGACGGAGAAAAAGGCCAUCGAGAACUGGGCUCAGAAGUACCAGGACGAGAUGGAGAAGAUGAUCUCAGAGCUAAAGGAGCAGAACAACCUGCUGAAGAACGAGAAGAACGAUCUGAACAGACUGAUCCAGGAACAGAGUCAGCAGUGGACAGAUAAGAUGCAGAGGGCGCUGAAGGAAGAGACGACUCAGCUGGAGAGCGAUCUGAACGAGGAGAGGUCGAGGUACCAGAACCUCCUCAGCGAGCACCUCCGUCUGGAGGAGAAAUACGACGACCUGAAAGAGGAGAUCAGCACGAUGGUACCCAAACCGGGCCACAGAAGAACCGACUCCACACACAGCAGCAACGAGUCCGAAUACACCUCCGAGUACACCGAGAACGAGGACGGAUCACGAGGACUCGAGGAUGUAAGCAGGGGUGCAGGGCUGGACAUGGCUCUGUUCCUGAAGCUGCAGAAGAGGGUGACUGAGCUGGAGCAGGAGAAACAGGGUCUGCAGAACGAGCUCGAUCGAAAGGAGGAGCAGUUUCAGCGGGCUAGAGCCAGGGAUCAUGAGGAGCAUAAGAAGGCUCGCAGCGCAGAACUGGAGUACGAAUCUCUUAAGCGUCAGGAGCUGGAGUCUGAGAACAAGAAGCUGAGACACAACCUGGGCGAGAUGCGCCAAUCCCUGGCGGGUAAAGAUGGCGGCAGUUCGGCCUACAAGCUGCUGAUGGAGCAGCUGAACUCCUCCAACGAGGAGCUGGAGGUUCGGAAGGAGGAGGUGCUCAUCCUGCGCUCGCAACUGGUCAGUCAGAAGGAAGCCAUGCAGCACAAGGAGACCAUGACUGAGCCGCUGCACCAUGUGGAGGAUCUACAGAAGCUCACGGAUGCUAAAGAGAUCUCACAGGCUUACAUGGGUCUCAAAGAUACCAACAGAUCCCCCAGGUUUCUGCGUAAGCCGUUUGCAGUGAACGAGCUGGUGAAUAGGCUGAGAUCCCCACUUCCUGACAUGCGUAAGAUGAAUGAGGAUGGAGAACUGUGGCUGGUCUAUGAGGGCUUAAAGGAGACCAACAGGUUGCUGGAGUGCCAGCUGCAGGCUCAGCGGCGCUCCCAUGAGGCCGAGCUGGAGGGGCUGCGCGGCGAGCUGCACUGUCUGAAGGAGGAGAACCAGCGGCAGCAGCAGCUGCUCACCCAGAACCUGCAGCUCCCGCCCGAGGCUCGUAUCGAGGCCAGUCUGCAGCACGAGAUCACCCGCCUGACCAACGAGAACCUGGAGUGCCCACCUGAGGAUCCAAAGGUGUACAAAAUCAACGUCCUGCGCAGGAUGAUUGACCUCAUGGAGCAGCUGGAGAAACAGGACAAGACGGUACGCAAGCUGAAGAAACAGCUCAAGGUGUUCGCCAAGAAGAUCAACGACCUGGAGGGCGGACAGGUGGAGAACGUGUCUCCGGGUCAGAUGGUGGACGAGCCGAUACGUCCGGUCAACAUUCCGCGCAGAGAGAAAGAGUUCCAGGGAAUGUUGGAGUACAAGAAAGAGGACGAACUCAAACUGGUCAAGAACCUCAUCCUGGAGCUGAAGCCUCGUGGCGUGGCGGUGAAUCUGAUCCCUGGUUUACCCGCGUACAUCCUCUUCAUGUGCUUACGACACGCCGACUACGUCAACGAUGACCAGAAAGUCAGAGCGCUGCUGACCUCCGUCAUCAACAGUAUCAAGAAGAUCCUCAAAAAACGGGGCGACGAUUUUGAGACGGUGUCCUUCUGGUUGGCCAAUACGUGUCGCUUCCUGCACUGUCUGAAACAAUACAGCGGAGACGAGCAAUUUAUGAAGUAUAACACAACGAAGCAGAACGAUCACUGUCUGUCCAACUUCGAUCUGGCCGAGUAUCGACAGGUCCUCAGUGAUUUAGCCAUUCAGAUCUACCAGCAGCUCAUCAAGUGUAUGGAGAACAUCCUGCAGCCCAUGAUCGUGUCCGGCAUGCUGGAACACGAGACCAUCCAGGGUGUGUCAGGUGUGAAGCCCACUGGUCUGAGGAAGAGGACGUCCAGCGUGGCCGAUGAGGGGACGUUCACCCUCGACUCCAUCCUCCGCCAGCUCAACUCCUUCCACAGCAUCAUGUGUCACCACGGCAACGACCCCGAGCUAAUUAAGCAGGUCGUCAAGCAGCAGUUUUACAUCGUCGGCGCCGUCACGCUCAACAACCUGCUGCUGCGCAAGGACAUGUGCUCCUGGAGCAAGGGCAUGCAGAUCAGGUAUAACGUGAGCCAGUUGGAGGAGUGGCUGAGGGAGAAGAACCUGAUGGUUUGUGGAGCGAAGGAAACUCUGGAGCCGCUGAUCCAGGCCGCUCAGUUACUGCAGGUUAAAAAGAAAACCGAUGAAGAUGCUGAAGCGAUUUGCUCCAUGUGUAACGCUCUCAGUACUUCUCAGAUCGUGAAGGUGUUGAACCUGUACACUCCCGUCAAUGCGUUUGAGGAGAGGGUUUCUGUAACGUUCAUCCGAACCAUACAGAACCGUCUGAGGGACCGUAAGGAAUCUCCUCAACUUCUCCUGGAUACCAAGAUAAUCUACCCGGUCACGUUCCCCUUCAACCCGUCCUCCCUCGCCCUGGACACCAUCCAGAUCCCGGGCAGCCUCAACCUGAGCUUUCUCAACCGCGUGUAGACCUGUCGGCCCGUCCCGCUCCCCCGUCACGUCUCACACUGUACAGACUUCACUUACAUCACGUACACGUACACACACCGACUCCUCGGUUCUAGUCCAACACUGCUGUGGAACGCUUGCUGGGAACGUUCCGGAUCAAUAACGGGUGUUUGGGAAUGGGGGGGGGGGUUGU